ACCCCCCACCCCGCGCACACGCACACGCCCACGACUCUGCCUCUCCCUCCCCACCUCCGUUCUCGCAUCCCCCGUCCGUCGUCCCCUGCUCCACUCCACCCUUCUCCCUCCUUCCAUUUGACCCCGCCCCCCCCGUCUCUUCCUCGGCAAAGCUUCGAAUUUUCCUCCCUCCCCCCAUCCCAAGCCUCCCGCUUCCGUGUCCGCGUCCCGUCUUGGAUUCGUCCGCCGCCCCAACAAAGAAACCGCGUGCGUGCGUGUGUGCGCGUCGGUUCGGUCCCGUCCCGCCCUUGUUCCUUCCUUGCCGGCCGCUGCUUCGCGCGCAUUGCCGCCCCGCCCCCCCCCCCCCGGGGUUCCUCCCCCCAAUAAGUUCCUUUCCCGGGGACGUUUCUCGGAGGACGGACGGACUGGAAGAAAAAAGCCGCGCGCGCUGCCUCGCCGCAUGGAUCAGGGUCCCCCGCGCUGCCGCCUGGAGCUGGGAUUCCGGGACGUUCAGGGGUUCCGGCCGGACGCCGCCGCCGCCGCGCCGCGGCAGGGCGGGAUCUCGGAGCUCUGUUGAGGCGUUCCGGGUCAGGUGAUUUAGUCCAGUGCUGUCCAGUUCCUCGUGUGGCUGCCUCGCCUGCUUUUUUUUAGGUAGGUGGGGGUGGUGGAGCCUUUCUUGGUGGGUGGGAGCAGUCGCGCCCCGAAUUUAUUGCGAGGCGUUUCUUGGGUUCUCACCUGAAAUCUGACUUCUUCUUCUUGCCCAGAGGGGGAGUCCACUGAUUUGUUCCUGAUUCAUCCACUGCUUCUCGAGGGCUGAAUUUUCAGAUUCAGCUCAAUAAGUUUGAGGCCAAAAGUUCAGUAAUCUCGGCAGUAACCAGGAGAGCUGAGCCCUGGGCAGUACUAGUCUGGUGUGGUGAUCUGGUUCUUGUGUCGAAAUGGCACGGGUAAGGAGGAGGCUGGAGAAGCUGAAGCUGAGUACAUUGUACAGCUUCGCGCUCUGCGCCAAGGGCUCCACCGAAGAUCACUCCAAGAUCGGCACGACGGGGUUCUCCCGAGUCGUCUACGUCAAUGAUCCAGACAGGCAUGAAGAGGAGGGCUUCAGAUACCCAAGAAAUGAGGUGUCCACUACCAAGUACUCGUUGGUCACCUUCGUGCCCAAGUCCCUCUUUGAGCAGUUCCGGAGGGUGGCCAACUUCUACUUCCUCGUCUCGGGGAUCCUCACGCUGACCCCGCUUGCGCCCUACUCAGCGGUAAGCGCACUACUGCCAUUGUCGGUCGUGAUUACGGCCACCAUGCUGAAAGAAGGGGUUGAGGAUUGGAGGAGGAAACAACAGGACAUUGAGCUCAACAAUCGAAUAGUAAAAGUACAUAGAGGGAAUGGCAGUUUUGAAGAGACAAAAUGGAAGUAUAUCAAAAUUGGAGAUGUGAUAAAGGUGGAGAAGGAUAAUUUCUUUCCUGCUGACUUGAUUCUACUUUCAUCUAACUAUCCGGAUGGGAUCUGCUAUGUAGAGACUAUGAACCUUGAUGGUGAAACAAAUUUGAAAAUUAAACAAGCUCUUGAGGUGACAUCGGAUUUACAAGAGGAUGGUGAUUUCACAAACCUUAGACAAAUAAUCAAAUGCGAAGAUCCGAAUGCGAAUCUUUAUUCUUUUGUUGGUACUAUGGAUUAUAAAGGCAUGCAGCAUCCUCUGUCACCCCACCAACUCCUUCUUCGGGACUCAAAGCUGCGGAACACUGAUUACAUAUAUGGGGCUGUCAUCUUCACAGGUCAUGAUACAAAAGUGAUGCAAAAUGCAACUGAGCCGCCAUCUAAAAGAAGCAAGAUUGAGAAGAAAAUGGAUAACAUCAUUUACCUGCUGCUGUGUUCUUUACUUGGAAUUGCUUUACUUGGUUCAGUCUUUUUUGGUAUAUGGACAAAAGCUGAUUUAAGGAAUGGUGAGACAAAACGGUGGUAUCUUCGCCCAGAUGAUUCGACCGUCUUCUAUGACCCGAAACGAGCACCUCUGGCAUCCUUUUGUCAUCUGUUGACAGCCUUAAUGUUGUACAACUACUUUAUCCCAAUUUCUUUGUACAUAUCCAUUGAGAUGGUCAAGAUCUUACAGGCUGUAUUCAUCAACCAGGACAUUGACAUGUAUGAUGAAGAAUCAGAUAAGCCAACUCAUGCUCGAACCUCAAAUCUAAACGAAGAACUAGGUCAAGUUGACACAAUUCUCUCUGAUAAGACUGGAACCUUGACCUGCAACAUGAUGGAGUUUAUCAAGUGUUCGAUUGCUGGCACUGCAUAUGGUCAGUCUGUCACAGAAGUUGAGAAAGCUAUGGCCCUGAGGAAAGGGGUGCCGCUAGGUGACGAGAUAGAAGCUGGAGGGCACAAGGAGAAACAAAUCGAGGAGAGUCCUCAUGUCAAAGGUUUUAAUUUGAAGGAUCCACGUAUAAUGGAUGGAAAUUGGAUACAUGAACCUAAUAAAGAUGUCAUCAGGGAUUUUUUCCGUCUGCUAGCCAUCUGUCAUACAUGCAUACCUGAAGUAGAUGAAACUGAUAAAGUUUCAUACGAAGCUGAGUCCCCUGAUGAAGCUGCAUUUGUUAUCGCAGCAAGAGAAUUAGGGUUUGAGUUUUACAAGAGGACACAGACAAGUAUAUUUAUUCGUGAACGCGAUCCUAGCCAGAAUGUUGCAGAUUAUCAGUAUAGAAAAUACGAGCUCCUAAAUGUCCUGGAAUUCAGUAGCUCAAGAAGACGGAUGUCUGUAAUAGUGAAGGAACCAGAGCCAGAGGGGAGGAUAUUACUGUUUAGCAAGGGCGCUGAUAGUGUGAUGUUCACAAGGCUUGCACCAGAUGGAAGAAAAUUUGAGGAAGAGACUAAAAGGCACAUAAACGAGUAUUCUGAUUCUGGUCUACGAACGUUGGUACUUGCAUACCGCGUCUUGGAUGAGAAAGAGUACGAGAACUUCGCUGAAAAAUUCAGGACUGCCAAAAUAUCUGGAAGUGCUGACAGAGAUGAACAAAUUGGGGAGGCUGCUGAUAGCAUUGAGCGGGACUUGAUUCUUCUUGGUGCUACUGCUGUUGAAGACAAGCUCCAGAAAGGGGUACCAGAAUGCAUUGACAAGCUUGCACAAGCAGGAAUUAAGAUAUGGGUGUUGACGGGUGACAAAAUGGAGACAGCUAUCAAUAUUGGCUUUGCAUGUAGCCUACUUAGACAAGGAAUGGCACAGAUAAUCAUCGCCCUGGAAGCACCUGACAUCAUUGCAUUGGAGAAAAACGGAGACAAAGAUUCCAUUGCCAAGGCAUCAAAGCAAAGUGUUAUGGGUCAGAUAGAGGAUGGAAUAAAACAAGUCCCAACCUUGGGUCAGUCCAGCACGGAAUCUUUUGCGCUGAUAAUUGAUGGUAAAUCAUUAACUUAUGCUUUGGAAGAUGAUGUCAAGUUUAAGUUCUUGGAUCUUGCUGUCAAGUGUGCAUCAGUCAUAUGUUGUCGAUCUUCACCGAAGCAGAAGGCAUUGGUUACAAGGCUUGUUAAACAUUCAGAUAAAGUUACCUUAGCAAUUGGUGAUGGGGCAAAUGAUGUUGGCAUGCUUCAGGAAGCUGACAUAGGGGUUGGAAUUAGUGGUGUUGAAGGGAUGCAGGCUGUCAUGGCAAGUGAUAUUGCCAUCGCCCAGUUCCGCUUCCUGGAACGGUUGCUUUUGGUGCAUGGACAUUGGUGUUACCGACGUAUUUCAGUGAUGAUAUGCUAUUUCUUCUACAAGAAUGUGACUUUUGGAGUCACCAUCUUUCUGUAUGAAGCGUUUGCAUCCUUUUCAGGGAAGCCAGCUUAUAAUGAUUGGUUCUUGUCACUGUAUAAUGUAUUUUUCACCUCCCUACCUGUCAUUGCGUUGGGCGUAUUUGAUCAGGAUGUUUCUUCCCGUCUGUGUUUACAGUAUCCGGAGCUAUACCAAGAAGGUGUGCAGAAUGUAUUAUUCAGCUGGCGUCGGAUACUUGGCUGGAUGUUUAAUGGUGUCGUGAAUGCCAUCUUAAUAUUUUUCUUCUGCACUACCGCCCUGAAGGACCAAGCAUUUCGCCAGGAUGGCCAAGUUGCGGGCUUGGAUGCCCUAGGUGCUACCAUGUACACUUGUGUCGUAUGGGUCGUCAACUGCCAAAUGGCCCUCUCGGUGAACUACUUCACCAUAAUCCAACACAUAUUCAUAUGGGGUAGCAUUGCUGUGUGGUACAUCUUCCUCAUGGUUUAUGGUUCUAUAGACCCGAAGUACUCCAAAACAGCCUACAUGGUCUUCAUUGAACAGUUGGCCCCAGCGCUAUCAUAUUGGUUGGUGACACUUUUCGUGGUGACGGCCACACUCGUCCCGUACUUCUGCUAUGCCGCAAUUCAGAUCCGUUUCUUUCCAAUGUUCCAUAACAAGAUUCAGUGGAAAAGGUACUUGGGGAAGGCCGAAGACCCAGAGGUGGCAAGGCAGCUAUCGUCACGGCACCGGACAUCGUCGCACCCAAGGAUGGUUGGGAUCUCUGCUCGUCGCGACGGCAAGGCCAUGCAAGUUAAAAAGGGAACCGACGUAGAGGUUGAAGGAUGACAUUCUCUCAGUAGAUUUUGUGUUUUGUACAGAUUAUAGAAUGUCGUCUCCUGAAAGAUGACAGAAGAUGGACUGGCUAGAACUUGUGAAUAUUCUUGGAUUGUUGCUUCUAUGGUUCAUGCAGUUCUUCCAGUUCAGAGGAUAGAGCUAGAUCACAGAAUUUCGUAGAUAGGCCACAAGAAGAACAAGAGAAGACCUGCUGUACAGUUCAUUUAGCAACUUUAGGCUGCGUGUGUGUGUGUGUUUCCCCCUUCUCUUUUGCUCUUACCCCUGUUUAUGCUUGUGCUCCGAUGGCAGAAUUUCACUUUGUUUCAUGACUUUUGCGUUUUGCCACGUAACUGUUGUCCCUCUGUUUUACUGUAAACUGAUAUUGCUAUGUUUUUUUUAUAUAAAUGAGAUGAUUGCACUGCA